AGGGGCUGAGGGGCUGGGGGCCUGGAGGUCUAGUCUGAGACUUUCGGACCCUAAUCGCGCCUGCGCAGAGCGGGAUCACUGCUGGUAGCUGCUGGACAAGUGGGGAGGGUGAGGAACCCACCGUGGCACCCGCUGCCCAGAGCAGAUUUCGGCUGGGUGACUAGAUUCAUUUCGGGGACUGGAUUGUCAGUGAUCAAGUCUCAGGAUCCGCACCCCAGCCUGUGUGACAGCACCCUGCCGGUCACCAUGCCGGCCCUGCUGGAACGCCCCAAGCUCUCUAAUGCCAUGGCUAGGGCAUUGCAUCGACACAUAAUGAUGGAGCGGGAGAGGAAGAGACAGGAGGAAGAGGAGGUAGACAAAAUGAUGGAACAGAAAAUGAAGGAGGAACAGGAGAGGAGGAAGAAAAAGGAAAUGGAAGAAAGGAUGUCAUUGGAAGAGACCAAAGAACAGAUCCUUAAGCUGCAAGAGAAGCUCCUGGCCCUACAAGAGGAGAAGCACCAACUCUUUCUGCAGCUCAAGAAAGUUUUACAUGAAGAGGAGAAAAGGCGCCGUAAGGAGCAAAGUGAUUUGACGACACUUACAUCUGCAGCAUACCAACAGGGUCUGGCUGUGCACACAGGGACACAUCUUCUCAGCAUGCAGGGCAGCCCUGGAGGACACAGCAGACCAGGAACUCUUAUGUCUGCUGAUAGGGCCAAGCAGAUGUUUGGACCCCAAGUGCUCACGACCCGUCAUUUUGUGGGGUCAACAGCUUUUGCAGGAAUCAGACACGGGCAAUUCCAGGGCAGCCCAGAGGGGCCUAUGCGGCAGGCCCAGCCCCCACUCCACUAUGGACCUACCCAGCCAGGCUAUAGUCCCAGCCAACAGCUCAGAGCUCCUUCAGCUUUUCCUGCUGUUCAGUACCUGUCACAGCCUCAGCCACAGUCCUACGCAGUACAUGGUCACUACCAACCCACACAAACAGGGUUCCUGCAACCUGGCAAUGCCCUGUCCCUUCAGAAGCAGCUGGAACAUGCUAACCAACAAUCUGGCUUCUCUGAUUCGUCUUCUCUGCGCCCCAUGCAUCCCCAGGCUCUGCACCCAACCCCUGGGCUUUUAGCCACACCCCAGCUUCCUGUACAAAUGCAGCCAUCAGGAAAGUCAAGCUUUGCAGCCACCAGCCAACCAGGGCCCCGUGGCCUCCUUUUAUUCACGGCCAGAACCCAACGUUUUUAUCACAAGUGACUUGACUCAGGGCAAUGUCCUGCUUCCCCAGGUCUUCCAACUAAUAAAGCUAAACUGCCACCA